AUGAGUUUCCUUACAAUGAUCACGCUGAUCGUAAUCCUGGCGGUUACGCCUCUGGAGCAGAGGCAGGGCUACUCGGCCCUGUUGGUGAUUCCUUUGGCCGGUAUGCUGAUAGUGGGGUCCUUCUCCCUCCUCUUUGACCGAAGCGAACACUUGCCUUCUACGCCUUCUCAGCCGCGCAUAUCCUCCGCGGUCUACAGUCACAGCUGCGACUGCGUGUGGGCUUCAACUGUAUUUGGGGACUUAGCACUUGGAAAAACAGCUGGCCUUCAGUUCCGCCGCAUGCAUGUGCAGAAGAACGUAGACGGUACUCAGUGGCAAGGGUCUGAGCAAGCCUCAGUCGCCAGCGACGCAUUUGUAGCUAAGCCGACCUGCGCAUGUUGUUUGGAUGAUUUUCACCCCUCGAGCCAAGUUGCAGUCCUGCCAUGUGGGCACAUUUUCCAUGAGGACUGCAUUGCGCAUUG